AUGGGGGACGAGGAAAGAGGAGCGGCGGCGGCGCCGCUGCUGCUGCCAGCGUCGUCGGCGGCGAGGAGCUAUCACCACGAGGCGGGGUGCCCCGGGUGCGCGCAGGACCGGAGGAAGGAGAGCUCCGGCGGCAGGAUCCCCUACAAGGAGCUCUUCUUCGUCGGCCUCACCACCCUCGCCUCAUCUUUGCCCAUCACAUGCCUCUUUCCCUUUAUGUAUUUCAUGGUUAGAGACUUCCACGUUGCUAAAACAGAGGAAGAUAUAGGAUCUUAUGCUGGUUUCCUUGCUUCUUCGUACAUGAUUGGCAGAGCCUUUUCUGCGAUUUUUUGGGGCAUUGUUGCGGACCGUAUUGGACGGAAGCCUGUCAUUGUAUUUUCAAUCCUGUCUGUGGUCAUAUUUAACACACUGUUUGGACUAAGUACAGAGUACUGGAUGGCAAUAGCUACAAGACUUGUUCUAGGUUCCCUAAAUGGUUUACUUGCUCCAAUAAAGGCUUAUGCUAUUGAAGUUUGUCAAGCUGAACAUCAUGCUCUUGGGCUCUCAGUUGUGAACACAGCGUGGGGUUUUGGUCUUGUAAUCGGUCCAGCUCUUGGAGGCUACCUUGCCCAGCCUGCUGAAAAGUACCCACAAACAUUCUCCAAGGAGUCAGUUUUUGGGAGGUUUCCAUAUUUCUUACCUUGUGUAGCUGUGUCAUUGCUUGCUGCCAUUGUUCUAAUAAGUUGUAUAUGGAUGCCGGAGACCAUACACAAACAUAAGAGUCCGGAGAAGGAUAUCGAAAAGGUCAAAGCCUUGCCAUCAGAACAGGCUUAUUUAGAUUCGCCUCGCAAGAAGAGUUUGCUCCAGAAUUGGCCAUGGAUGUCAACUAUGGUGUCCUAUUGUUUCUUUGGUCUUCAUGACACUGCAUAUAGUGAGAUACUUUCCUUGUGGGCUGUUAGUGACAGAAAGUAUGGUGGUCUUAGCUUCUCAUCUGAAGAUAUCGGUGGAGUUCUUGCCGUGGCAGGUGCUAGUCUUCUUGUAUAUCAGCUUAUCAUUUAUCACUGGGUUCAUAAGUUUCUGGGGCCAGUCAUUUCGUCACGUGUUGCUUCUGCUCUGUCCAUACUUAUCGUCAGUACUUACCCCUUUAUGACAUACUUAUCUGGCGCCAAACUUUCUUUUGCUCUCUACUCUGCAGCCAUGAUGAGAAGUGUUGUUGCAAUUACUGCCAGCACAGGAAUUUCCCUUCUGCAGAACCAUGCUGUGCGUCAAGACCAAAGAGGCACUGCGAAUGGUAUAUCGACAACUGCCAUGUCGUUUUUCAAGGCAAUUGCUCCAAUAGGGGCUGGUUAUCUGUUCUCAUGGGCGCAGAAACAUCAGGACAGCACCUUCUUCCCAGGUGAUCAAAUGGUGUUCUUGGUGCUGAACUUGGUGCAGCUCCUUGGGCUCAUGUUUACCUUUGAGCCUUUCCUGGUCUUACCCACUGUAGGAGAAGAGUGCAGUUAG